UCGAAGUUGGGACAAUUUACGGAGGUUCCUGUGGCAGGAUAGUCGACGACAAUAAGGAUAUGUAUAUAAUUAUAUUGUUGUGUCCUUCAGCGGAGUAAGGAGCAUAUCCAUGCCCAAACAGUUUCUACUUGUACAAGGAGUUUUAUGUAUUUCUCUAGACAAUUGUAGCUCAACUGAAGAAGAAAAAAACUACCCUCCCUGUUCGAAUUAAGGAUGAUUUUUGCUAAUUCUGGAAACCCACUAAGGACUCCGUAUCGCAAACAGCCAUUUGUUGCCCCGUCGUCACACCCCAUGGCUCCACCCAGCCCGAGCAACCACAGCAGCAGCAGUAGCACUGCGGGCUGGGACCAGCUCAGCAAAACAAACCUCUACAUCCGAGGCCUGUCCCCUUCAACCACAGACCAUGACCUGGUCAAGCUCUGUCAGCCGUAUGGUAAAAUUGUAUCAACAAAGGCCAUCCUGGACAAGACUACAAACAAAUGUAAAGGAUAUGGCUUUGUGGACUUUGACAGCCCGGCCGCUGCGCAGAAAGCUGUGGCUGCCCUGAAGACCACUGGUGUCCAAGCUCAGAUGGCAAAGCAACAAGAACAAGACCCGACAAACUUGUACAUCUCCAACUUGCCGAUGUCUCUGGAUGAGCAGGAACUGGAGAACAUGUUAAAGCACUUCGGCCAGGUCAUAUCCACACGCAUCUUGAGGGACUCCAGUGGAGGCAGCAGAGGAGUUGGCUUUGCAAGGAUGGAGUCAACUGAGAAAUGUGAUGCAGUCAUUUCUCACUUCAAUGGAAAGUUUAUCAAGACACCUCCAGGUUAUCCAGCGCCAGCUGAACCUUUGCUGUGCAAGUUUGCUGAUGGUGGACAGAAAAAGCGUCAAAGUCGAAAUAAAUUUGGCCUGAAUGGUCGUGGAUGGGGAAGGGACGGCGACAACAGACUGGCCGGAAUGACACUGACGUAUGACCCCAGUGCAGCUGCAAUGCAAAACGGAUUUUUUCCACCAGCAUACAGUAUUGCAAACAGGAUGAUCGCUCAAACAACCUUGUCUCCUUACAUGUCUCCGGUUUCAACAUACCAGGUGCAGAACCCGUCCUGGAUGUCCCAUCAACCCUACAUCAUGCAGCACCCAGGUACUGUGAUAUCGCCCUCUAUGGACCCAUCUAUGUCACUACAGCCGACUUCCAUGAUGGCUCCUCUUGCACAGCAGAUGAGUCAUCUUUCUCUGGGCAGUGCUGGAUCGUUCAUGGCCACCAACGCAGCUAUGCAAGGAGGAUAUAUCCCACAGUAUGCACACAUGCAGACACCAAAUGUUCCUGUCGAGGAUGGUGCACAGUCACAAGUGGAUUCAUCUGGCAAUCAUUCCCCAUAUUCCUACCAACAAGCAAAGUAGUGCUGAGGUAACAUUCGGACAGCUAAAACAAUCAUGUCUACAAAUGCAAUGGAUACUAAGGAUCUUUUCACUGUUUUGCACAGGUUCUGCAAAUGUUUAAGUGAGACUAUUUUUGGUAUCAUUUUCAUAGAGAAUAUCUGAGUUAAUUCAGUUCAAAUUAUUAGUGUAUGUGUAUAUAUAUAUAUACAGAUAUAUAUAUUUGUGUGAUUUGAAAGUUUUAUUUUCAUACUAGAAAACGUUUAUUUUUUAUCAAUUGCCACAGGAUACAAGGAAGAAUUUGUGACUAGUUGUUCAACGUGCAUGAUAGUACAUGUGUGUUUGUUAAUAUUUCCAGCUUUCUUUUUUUCUGAGGACUUUUUUCAGCAGAAAAUCAUGUUUUUGUGCUUGCUGUGUGAGUGUUGCUAUGGUUAAGGGUUAUGUGGUUUUUUUCUUGUAAAGUGAUUUAUCUUAGUACUUUAGAUUGACCUUGCUGUCUAAUUCAAACUUGUCUCUAUAGUUUUGAUUCCGUAGUUGCACAGAACACCACAAAGAGCAACAAUAAGCAAAACAAUGGUGAGAGCUGUUGCCUUGAAAAUGAGCUAUGUAGGACUUUUUAAUGAAAUCAACGUGCUAUUACUUUCCCCCUCCAAACUGAUAUUGACAUUUUAGGAAAAGAUGUUUCCACAUCUGAUGAUUUUAUUGAUUGUAAUAUUUAUUUCGCAAAGAAAAUUGUACAUGUUUGAAUGUGUUCCCUUUUUGAAUCUUGCCUUUUUGAUGAUUUUAGAAUUUGAACUGAUAUUGAAAUUUAUAGGUGGGGGAAUGAGAGGGCAAAUUUACUUUAUUGGUUGUGUUUUUUUUGUCUUUGGGGUGAUGUUAAUUGUUAUUUUGAUGGGGUGUGUCUUUUUCACUUUUAACUGAAAAGCUAACGGGAAAACUUAGACUUCCGAUUGUGCAAAAAAGACUCAUCGCGGCCUUGUUUUUUAAGAAUUUAGGCAAAAUUUCUGCGAGUUGGGGGGUUAAAUGAGAGGAAUAUAUAUAUUUUAUUGCACCUAGCUCUUUGACACAAUACAAACAAACUAGGCACUUUCAAAUGUAGUUUACUUCAACAAAGAUUGUGAGCUUAGUAUCACCGAGGAAAUCCUCUGUCUCUUUAAACAGGAUACAAGUGACUCUGCAAACUAGAUUGCAGUUUGGAGUGUGCCUUUUUUGUACAGUUUCAUUCAGUUCCAUAGGUAAUAACGCACGCGCACGCAUACAGGAAGCCCUGGAUCCAACAAGAGAUUCAUUUCGUACUUACUGAAAAAUGGAAAAAUGAGUAAAUUUCAACUAUAAAAAGAUAGUGAUAUGACUUAAAAACUAAAUAAAAGUCAGAUAUUUUUUGAUCAUAGUAGAUCAAAGCAGGCUUUUUGAUUAUGGUCCUCUAAUAAUCCUGUGAUUCGACCUGGUGGUCAGUCAAACCAGCUAUCUACCUCAGAGUUUUCUUUCUCCUCUGUACUAGGUCGGGUUAGCAGGUCCAGCCCGCCUUUCCAGACCAAAUGCCACGCUCAGGAGCUGGCCACAUACAGCUAUAGGUUGUUUUGAAUACUUUUAGAUUUUCCUUUAGACCUAUUUUUUAAAUGAUCUAUUAUUGUAAUCAUUAGGGCGACAACAUAUUUCUACUCUUGUUCACACACUCCGUUUCUUGGUUGCAAAAAAAAGAAAAAAGUUGCUGCUGCUGCUGCUUUUAUGGCUAUAGAUUCCAGAGGCUGAUUUUGACAUGGUAAAAACCAACAAUGUCAAGAAAACGUUUAACAUGUGUUGCUUUGUCCGGGGUCUCGGCAAACAAGCAGCAGCAUUUCCUCUGUAGUCGGCUUGGGUGUGAACCAAUGGCAAGGAUCACUGUGAUAAUACUUGAGAUGUCUGUAAUGCCUGAGAGGUAGUUCUGUCUUGUGAGGUUAAUGCUGCUAGUGGCAUCUGAACCAAGUGCCAUUGUAUCUGGGUCGAGAGCUGCAGGGGUGCACCUAAGAAAAACUGCUCAUAAGUAUUCACCAUGUUGAACAGUCAUUAAGUUAUAUGAAAAGAUUUCUAAUUUAUGACAAUUGUUGUACAGACAGCUUGAGGACAUUUUCAUAGAUAUAUGAAAGUUUAUUGAUUUUAUUUUUUUAAUCUUGUGCCACAUAAUUGAAAGUGGUAACUUCUAUGUACAGUUUAGGGAUUCGUUCCUUUGGAAUUUUGUUCUGUAGUGUUUGUUUAAGCCAACAACUUUUGUUUUGUUUUCCGGAGAAGGUCACCUAAGGUUUAUUCUUUUAAUUUCUUUGGCAUUUGUGAAUAAAAUGUUUCAAAGUUUUCAACUUCUAA